CUUUCUUCCGCUCCCGACUGUUAAAUACGUGUGGAGCCCCGCACUAUUUUUCUACAAUGGCCGAUCAGACCUAUAUUUGCGUCGUGGGUGCUAGUGGGCUCAUUGGUUUUAGGCAUACGCAACAUUGUAUAGAUGAACCGCUCGUCAAACUAUCCUGUAUCGUCGACCCUAUGCCUGCAGGUGUAGAGCUCGCCAAGAAGCACAAUGUUCCUCAUUUCAAUUCCGUUGAUGAUAUGCUGGCCGCCAAGGCGGCGGGCGCAGUCAAAGUCGACGGUGCUAUCCUCGCUACUCCCAAUCACACCCAUGUUCCCUUGGGAAUCCAGCUUGUCGAAGCAGGCGUUCACGCCCUUGUUGAAAAGCCUAUGUCUACCGAUAUACCCUCGGGGAGAGAAUUAGUCGCGGCAACGAAUGCGACUGGAUUCAAAGUGUUAGUCGGACACCAUCGUCGGUUCAAUCCUUACAUCGUAUCAGCGAAACAACAGCUGGUCGACGGGAAGCUCGGAAAUGUUCUCGCUGUUCAAGGAGAAUGGACUGUCCUCAAGCCCCCCGAGUAUUUCGCGCCACCUACCAGCUGGCGAGGAGAGAACAAGAGCGGAGGUGUCAUCCUCAUUAACCUGGUCCACGAUAUGGAUUUAUUGCGCUAUUUAUUUGGCGACGUCGUAAAGGUGUACUGUGAGAAAGGGCCGGUUACGAGGAAGAACAGCGUCGAGGAAACCGGAGCAGUUAUCCUGACGUUUGAAAGCGGCACGAUCGGUACCUUCAUCUUUUCGGACGCCGUAGCCUCACCACAUAAUUGGGAGGGAGCGACCGGAGAAAACCCUACGAUGCCAUAUACUGGCCAACACGUGUACACAUUCUUUGGCACCAAAGGUACGAUGUCCGUCCCCGAGCUCAAAGUACACCGCUAUGCCAGGGACGACGACAAAGGCUGCUGGACGGAUCCGUUCACCGCCGAUCCUGCACCUGCUAUCGAGGAUAUCCCGCCAUUUACCCUUCAACUGCGCCAUUUCGUGGACAUAUGUAAAGGUCGGGCGGAACCUAAUUGUAGCAGCUUGGAAGCGCUGAAGGCAAUCAUACUGUUGGAGGCAAUCAAGGAGAGUAUGGCGAAGGGCGUCUCGGUGGCCGUACUGCAAGGUUAGAGUUAGGCAAUCAGCAUCAGUGAAAAAAAUGUAAAUGUAAAUCGAGAUUUGCGC